AAAAUAUUUUGGAUGGAGAAAUAUGAAGAAAUUGACUGAGGAGUCACUCAGAAGCAUUACUAUUCCCGUGUACUGCCAGAUCAGUCACCUCUACAAGGAAAGCAAUUUAAAAGCCUUCAACUAGAUCAAAAUCAUCUGGAGGGCUCUAGCAACGAUGGAGAUCAAGAGGCUGGGCAAUAUUUAAAUCAAUUUGUAGGGGAGAUAUUUAAGAAAGCUAUUUUAAAUUUUGAAGUUUCAUCAGAAACAAGUUACGAUCGAAAUCAUUCUAAUAACUCUGAGCUACAGAAGAGUGUAUCAAGGAAUAACGCUCAAAAGAAACUUUUACCUUCUUCUGCUGUAAAUUCACAGAAACAGGAGAGGGUUUGUAGCCAAGCUCAGACUUGAGGCGCUAUGGAGAUUGAGAAAUUAGAGAAUUAUAGUCAACAUGUUAAGAAUAACUCAAGGAAUUUGAUCAACAAGUACUUCCUUCCCCAGUGCAAGACUACUGAUGGAAGGCUUCAAGACGCAGAGUUUCAAUCCAUCUUUUCAGUAUUAGAAGAGAAAAAGCCAAGGAAGACAUCAGAAAAUAAGAAAGCUAAUUUUAUACUUGAAAGCAAUGGAGCAGAUCAAAAUAAUGAGAAUAGUCAGCGAGUCCAGCAUGAAAUUGAUCAGAUCAAUAAAGAGUUUCAGGAAGAUUCUGAGUAUCAAGAACUAAAAUAAUGAAGAAAUUGAUGCUGAAUUAGAAGCAGAAGAGGAGGAAGAGGAGAAUUUAGACAGCUCUAAAAUCUCAAAAGCAUCAAAAGAUCAUAAAAAUUCCUCUUUAGAUAAAAAUUCUACUCCUUUAGAGUCUCAAAAUCAGUCGAUACCACUAAAAGAUGCUGGUUUCGAAGAGACUUUACAUAAAUCUAAGCCUAAGCAAGAAGAAAUCAUAACUAUCAGCAACAGCUAUGACGAUGAAGAAGUGGUCCCUUUACUCUCAACUCAACCUCCUAAACUUCAGGCUCAAGACGCUGAUCCAAAUGCUGCAAUAGAGACAAAGUCUUACACUAACAUUCAAACUGAAACACAGAUGGAUUUCUACAAACAUGAUGGUAAAUAAGAGUUCUGGCAAGAAGCGGAGGCUGAAAAAGAAAUCUAAAGUGUUUCGCAGUAAUAAGAAAACUAAUAUCCAAAGACUGCAUUACGGCAACAAUAAACUGAACAUGAUGGCAAUGAAAAAUAUAUCAGAGAAAAGACCUGAGAUUUAUAUCAAAGAUAAUAACCACCAGAGACAAAUCGAAGCAAGACUUGAGAAAGGCAUUGUACCUGUUGAUGAGUAUUCAAUAUAUUCCACUGGUCUUGGACUGCAGAAUAAACUUAUUGAUGAAGAGAAACUUGCCCAGAUGGUUAACAGUGAUCCAACUCAAGAGAGUUAUCAGGAGAUGAUCAAGAAAUUAAAGGAUAACCCUAAGCUGCUACUUGAUAUUAUUCCUAGUUCAAAUAAGGCAGCUAAUACUAAGCUUAGAGAGAGGUUCAAGAAAAGUCAAGAAAUGUCUAAAAAUCAGUAUCUAAUUAACCAGAAAGUGUUAGGUGCUAAGAUUAGGCCAGGCACUACAGGAGCUAGCAUGCGAGUAGCUAAUUAUACCAAUGAAAACAGGGACUUGAUUGAGAGCUUUGAUCAGCCAGAAAGCAUUGGCUCAACUCACUAUAGUCAAAAGAACCAUCCUAUCCAUCCAAGAUUAGAUUCUUCAAUCCGGAAACUGACUCGGGAACAAAUUCUGAAACUUUCAGAUACAGAAUUGACUAAAUACAUGUCUCGCAUUGCUAAGGCAAGGAAUAAGCAGAACUUCUAUUGGCCUAUUGUUCAUAAGAACAUUGAAACUCCAGCAAUGUUCAGCAGAUUAUCCCAUAAAGGCAGGAAGGGAAAGGUUAAAGGGCAAGCUACUAAGUUAGCUAACGAUCUGUUCUCCUACUAUACUCACAAGGGCAAGCCAAGCUCCUUCACACUACACAAGUCGCAGAAUAAUGAAGGUAGCAAUAGGAAAAUGUCUAUUAACAGUGAUCCAAUCAAAGUGCAUCAGCGAGAGUAUAGAAGGGAAGACUCUGAUACUAAAAGUAGAAUUCUUGGUGAAAGAGAUGGGUCAAGUCAUAACAAUAAUGAUUAUAACUCAGAAUACACUAAUCUCAGUACUGAUAACUAUAAAUACAAGAUAAAAGGAUCCUUGCCAAGUUUGCCAGAGUCUUCAGGAACGAAAUAAGUAUAAUAAAUCUGUCCCACGAUUAUCUCAGCUUGGAUUCCCAAUAGCGGGCAGGAUGAAAUACCGGAAAAGAAAGUUAAAUAUUAAUAAGAUUUCAAGUAAUUUGCAUAAAAAGGAUAUCAUCCCGAGAUUUAAGGAAGGGGUUAUCCAGCAGAUGGAUAAACGGAGACAUAACAAUACCUUGCUCAGGAGUUACUACCAGAACACUGGUGAUAAAUCAACAGCUUUUAGAAAUGUUAAAACUGCUUCUGGCAAGAGAAAUCACAGAAUUUCUCAAUACAAUACUAAUAAUUCAAACGAGGAGAUCAAGGAAGUGCGUGAAGAGGACCAAGUCAUUGACACAGAUGAGCGAAAAGAGCAAGCGACUGAGGAAGAGAAGCUGGAAGCUAUGAAGAAAAUGGUGGAGAACGCAUUUAAGGAUCACUUACAAUCCCAAACACAUCUUAUAGCAUACCCUAACGAAUACACAGAGUGGUCCACUCACGAGCUUUAUCAAGAUAUUACCAAUAACCAACUGAAGGAGUUUAACCAUGAAAAAUAGCUUUAAAAUUCUGAGUGAGAAAGAAGUAGACUACGUCCUCGAAAUGAUGGAAACUAGGAAGAAAGAUUUUACCAAGUCUGAUAUGAUAAAGCCGUUCUACCUAAAGGCUCACUUGACGUAUAAAACCCUUGGAAAGAGCAUUGGGAUUUCCGAUACAAAAGUUAGCUCAGACCUGGAGGAGUUUAAGACAAUUAAUAUUCUCACUACAAUUAGGUUGCUGAAGAAACUUAAGAGGCUAUUUUACAACAGAGCGGUUAUAAUAGGGAUUCUUUAUGAUAUAAAACUGAGAGAUCUCUACUCUAAAAUGAUGAACUCCAAGAUCAAGGAUCUUCUUGCAUGUCCUGGAACAAACACUAUAACACAAGAAGUUGUGAAUAGCUUAAAUGAGAAGAUCCCAGCACUUUAUGAAACUGAUUAUAAGAUCACUUCUGGCAUCAGGAAUCUUUAUGGUAUUAGCAGUGAUGCUGGAUCAACCCUUAAAUGACAACCCAAUGAAGGUGAAAAUACUAUUUUCAAGUUCAAUAAUCUGGAUUAUGGAUCUUUUGCAUCAGAAGAAACGAAUAGUUUGAGCAAUAUUAUUCAGAUGUUGCAAAUUAUAGCUAUGGCACAGGAUUAAGUAUUUUCAAUACUUA